UUGAUUAUUAUGGUGAAUUGUGACUUUGAUUGUGAUGAAAAAUGUAUAAUUUGUGUCCGCGAUUUCAACGUUGAUAUAAAAUGAUCUCUCGAUUUAGGUUGAAAUUUCCUCUACUAGUGACCGUCAUUUUGACCUUUUAUCUAGUUCGUAUUCGUGGUAGUUCAAUCAAGUGGAGAAGUUCAGAGGUUUCAGAUGCUUUGGCAGCGGCAGCGGCGGUUGAUGAGGACGAAGAUGAGAGCGAUUCUUUUAAUCAGAUGAAAAUGGUUUCGAGUGGACAGAUUUCCCGUCGAUCGGACGACGAAGAGGAAGAAGAUAGUUGGGGUAGUCCAUCGGCGAGUACCUCGGACGGAGGAAGUUGGGGCGGUGGAGGUGGAGGCGGAGGUGGUAAGAGUAAGGGUAAGAAAAGGAAGGACAAAGGUAAAGAUAAAGAAAAAAAGAUGAAGAUGAAAAUGAAGAUGAAAAUGAAGAUGAAGAUGAAAGAUGAAGGCGGUGGUUGUACACCAGAAGUGGUGGCGAUUAAGAAAACCCGAGUUAUUCCUGUUGCUGUUCCCGUUAAAGGAGGGAAACGUUCAUUCACAAUUAAGGUGCCACAAUCGAUGAUGAUGGCCGCUCAAGAAGAGGAAGAACCAGCAAAAUCUUGGUCUGCCCCCGCACCGCAACAAAUGUUGAUGCCCAUUCAGAUGAUGCCCAUUUCUUAUCAGGCCCCUGCUCCCGCUCCAGUCCAUCAACAAGCAGCAACUCCAAUGGCCAUGUAUCAUUUACCCGCUCCAACUCCUCCGCCGUCUCCCGUUACCAUCACGAUGCCAAUGCCGAUGCCUAUUCCAAGUCCAUCAACGUGUAACACUUGUUCCCACCCAAUGACCAAUGUCGAAGAAGUGAUCGAGGAGGUUGUCGAAGAGCCUGAUUACGAUUACGAAAUGGACUCUUGGGGAGGGACAUCCACUUCUCGGGAUGGAUGGAGAUGAACAAUUGAAUCAACAAUUAAACCAAUUUCCUAAUCAUAUCACUUUUUCAACUACCACAUGGAUUCAACGUUACUGGUAAUGUUAAUAGUAUUGUCUACAAAUUUUGAAAACCUUAAAUUUA